GUGGUGAUAAUAUUUUUCACAUUUAUUUACUCUGCCGUGUAGUGCAGAACUGUGAAAAAAAUGAAUUCCCUCCAGUUAUGCUGUGAUGGCAAUUACUUUAAUGUGAUGGUUGACGAUGAAACCUACCUGGAACUAAUUAAUGAUCCAAAUAAGUUGAGCAGCUAUGCCGAACAAGUUCGCGACAUUAUGACGAAUAAUGAAUCAAUUAGUGAAUCAGAUAUUAAUUUACCAGGACCAAGUACCAGCACUAGUGAUUUGACCAGUGAUGGGAAUUUUUCUGAGCUGAUAAGGGGGCCAAGUACUAGUACUGGGACAACUAACACUGAAAACGUUUUCAAAUGGACUCAAUCACUGACUCUUAUGUUAAUUGACCUGAGAUUGAAAAAAGAAAAAGAUUUUAAUCGGCCAAUAUGUAAGAAAAAAAAGCUUUGGGAGCAAAUUGCAUGUGAAAUCAAAACCAAAACUGGGAAAUUUGUUACCAGCGAAAUGUGUGAUAUAAAAUAUCGUAACCUACUAAGUACUUAUAAAAUAAAUAAAAAAAAAUCCCAACAAAGUGGAGAGGGGUGCAUUUCAUGGGAAUUUUAUAAAAUGUUUGAUGAAAUAUUAGGAUGUAAAUCUAACAUUCUGCCCCACAGGGAAGUAUUAGGAAGUGUGGACAGCAUAAGUGAGGCUUCAACAGUGAAUGAAACUGAUGCGACUGAAUCAGAAACUGAAGAGAAGGGGCUGAACGGGGGACCUCAACCUCUGGUUGAGAAUUUAAAAAAUAAUAGGGAAAGAAAUAAGAAACGUAAAAGGUCUAUUGAUAUUGGUGAAUAUUUAUUUCAAAAGCAAAUAGAAGAUAAGGAGAAAAGGUUAGAGAAAGAAAAAGGAAAAGACGAACGCUGGAAAGAAAAGCGAGCCUUGAAAGCAAGAGAAAUUGAAGCUAUAGAAAAAUUGGCAGAGGCAAUUGCCAAGCAGAAAAAAGACUAGGCAUUCCAAAUUCAUUUUUUUAGAUACCUACCUAUUUACCCAUAUUAGUUUUUAGAAUAAUCAUCAAUGCGUUCCUGUUUUCUUUAAUGUUUAAUGUUCGUUCUGUUACAGUAUAGUGACACUAAAAAUAUUAUUGAAUAUAUAUUUUUUUUUAAAAUUUUUAUUGCAUUUUUUUUAAAUUGGUUUAUCAACUUUUUAAGCUGUUUUACUUCUGCAUGAAAUAAAAUUAAAUUUGAAUUGUUUAAGAUACCUUUCUGAAAUAAAUUUUAAGCUAAGUAUGAUACUUU